AUGGAUAGUGAUCUUUCAUCUGUGGAGCUGGAUGCAGAGGGGUAUGAAGACAGUCCCGAGCUUCCUGAAGACAGCCCUUUUGGCUCAGAACGAGAAGAGGACGAUGAAUAUCAAUACCUUCCUGAAAAUGAAGAGGACGACGAGAAAGUACAAUUGAGCAACAGCAGUCGUCCUAAAAGGGGGUCUGCAAGAGGUGUGGACGAAAAUGACACAACAGGUCGUAGUUCAGGUCGAAAGAGGACUGUAGGAAACGCUUUUGAAGAGCCAGGAUCAAGUCCGGUCAAAAAAACUCGUAAGAAUGGUGGUGGGAUCGACUUGCAGAACCUGGAUGAUGACGACGAAGAUGAUGAAGUGAAUGAAGAGGAAGAAGUAGAGGAAGAAGAGGAAGAAGGCGAUGCUGUCAUCAACGCCAGUACCGGUGAGCAACCGAACGCAGAAACUCUUCAACAACAAGAACUCAAGAAAAACAGUCGCAGCAAAAUAAUGAUGGAGCUACUGGACAACUCAUCACGCAGGAACUCAAAGCUUUCGGAAAAAGAGUUGCAACUGCGUCGUGCGGAGAACGCUCGCAAACGUAAGAAUUUGAGUGAGAAAAAGCUGGAAGAAGAAAAACAAGACACCAUCAAUAAGCUGCUGCGAAGACGUGCGGGCAGGACCCGAGGCCCUGUUCCAACUGACGGCAAAAACAAAACUGAGGAUUACACAGAAGAAAAUGCCGAUUUCACGAAGCCCAGAAGGGCGUACAACUCUAAAGGUAUGGUUCGUAUAGUACGAAAGGCUGAUGAAACGGUCUAUGCAACUUUCUAA